AUGGCCGAACAAUCAUCCCAGGCACCGCGGAUGCGUAUCCGAGAACUUCUACCAACUCUUCAUCUCGGUGACUUCUCUACCGGCCCGCUCAACUCUCUCACAGACGUACCAGGUGUCAAAGUCAACACCCAAGAGGUCUAUGGCGACGAUGGAGCCAUCAAUACCGGAGUGACAUGCAUCCUGCCUCGCGACAACUGGUCUGAGGAAUUCUGUUACGCUGGCACGUUCAGUUUUAACGGCGCUGGAGAGCUCACAGGCGCCCAUGUGGUCAAUGAGACUGGGCUGCUAAUUUCGCCUAUCGUCUUGACUGGGACACUCGAGAUAGGUUCAGCCUAUCAGGGCAUCUUCCAUUAUGCUAUCAAAACUCUGGGUUCUGAGGACGGGAAAGUGGACUGGCUGACGCUCCCGAUUGUUGCCGAGACGUGCGAGGGGUAUUUGCAUAAGUGCAUUUCGUUUGCAGUAAAGCCAGAACACGUUGUUGCCGGACUGGAGAAUGCAAGCGCAGAGAGAGUCAAGGAAGGAAAUACAGGAGGCGGGACUGGUAUGAUAUGCCAUAGAUUCAAGGCCGGGACUGGGAGCAGCAGUCGAGUCGUCCCUCGCGGAGACGGGAAGCCGGGUGUCAAGGGAUACACUAUCGGAGCCCUCGUGCAGACGAACUACGGUAAGAUGAAGGACUUGCGUAUUGGUGGAGUACCCAUUGGUCGGAUACUCGCUGCGGACGCUGCGAAGGAUGAAGCCAGAAAGGCUGCACUCGAAGACCUUGCGAGAGAGAAGGACCGCAAGGACGGGAGUAUCAUUGUGGUGCUUGCCACCGAUGCACCCUUGCACCCAUUACAACUGCAGCGCAUUGCGAAACGUGCAACAGUUGGCCUGGCCCGAGUUGGGGGUAAUGGCCAUAAUACCUCUGGAGAUAUCUUCCUUGCUUUCUCGACUGGGAAUUCGAUCCCGAACAUGGAUGUUCUCGGACCACGCAAGGGCCCGACACCACUGGCCAUCGAAGUUAUUGACGACAAAACGAUCGAUAAUCUCUUUGAUGCGACUGCAGAUGUGACUGAGGAGGCAAUAUACAAUGCACUUUGCAUGGCAGAGACUAUGACUGGCUACCUAGGGCGAAAAGUCGAGGCACUGCCACUUGAUAGGGUUAAGGAGAUUGUAACCAAGAGUGAUGUGAGCAGCGAGUAUUUAGGCUGA